UCACAGACAGGAUCUUGUGAUCAAGGAUGAUUAGAAAAUUAUUUUUAAUUGGGCCAGGAGUUUUUGCCUUGUUUUUUCUUGGUUGCUGCUUUCAAGUGGCUUCAGAGCAAUGGCUAGUUGUGGAAAAUGUGAUGUGCUCUUGCGCCUAUUUGUAGCCUGCUAUAAAUAGGGUCCUGCUGGCAACACAUGCUCUGCUGUGAUUGACAAUUCUAGAGCUACUGGGACAGCAGACUCCAAAGAACAGGCAAAGAAACACACUCAUGUAUAGCUCUCCGAUUGAUUACCAAGUGGAACUCUCCAAUUUGUUUCCGAAAGCCUGGAGACAAAAGUUGAUUUUAUUCUACAGAAAAUCCCACUUUAAGUGACUGGUGGGUUUUUUGGACUGUUGAAGUUGUUUCGUUUUGGACAAUGACAUCCAGGAGGCCCAUGACCCGCUCUUACUCUGGAAAUGGGAGAUCGGGAAGCCAAAAUGGGGAGGAUGUCCCAUCGCCAAGUGGAAGGUCAGAGAGCCGAAACUACCUCUCCAAUGUUAGGCCUGAAAACAGGUAUUCAAACUACAGGCCGUCGAGGAGUACCUUAUGUACCGUCAUGGCUCAGUUGACUGAGGAGACCCAGCCAUGUUUUGAGACGACUAUUAAAUCGAAGGCAGUGUCAGAAUCCUGCAAUGUUAAAUUCUCUUGUGUAGUCACAGGUUACCCAUGCCCUGAGCUGACCUGGUACAAAGAUGACAUGGAGUUAGAUCGAUAUUGUGGUCUUCCCAAAUAUGAAAUAUUUCGCAAUGGAAAAACUCACACACUCCACAUCUACAACUGUACAGAAGAAGAUGCUGCAAUUUAUCAGGCCUCAGCAAGGAACAGUAAAGGAAUCGUCUCCUGUUCUGGGGUGCUGGAGGUGGGGACCAUGAGCGAGUACAUGAUCCACCAAAGGUUCUUCGCCAAACUGAAGCAGAAAGCGGAAAACAAGCGACGAGAGAUGGAAGAGAGUCGACGUCGUGGGAAAGAGAACAUUCAGAAAGAACAACUAAACAUUAUUAACCAGGAGCGCUUGCUAAGGAAGCGUAGGACUCCUGCUGGGAAUGAACUGUCAAGCUCCUCUCCUACAACCCAGGAUGGAGAGGAGAACGUGAUAUCCCAAGGGGCUGAAGAAGAACAGCCUGCAGUCAAUAAUGAAAAUACCACACAACAGGCAUCUGUAGGAACUACCGAGAUGAAAACAGAUAAUGGGAUUGAGAAACUCAACCACAUCUGUGAUUCAAUGGAGUUGGCUGCCGCAAAGCAGUCUGCCAAAGAGAAACCGGGUGAAAAGAAGAUGCGGAUUACCAAUGGAUUUGAUGAGGUGGGAAUUGUUACCCCCACCCAGGGCAACAGACAACAAGAGGAUGGUUAUGAAGGAAUUAGCUUGGCAAAAUACUUAGCAGAGUCUGUGCAGUCUCCAGCUAGUGAGGAACAUCACAGUCCUGCGCUCAUGGAAGUUGAUGUUGGUCCUAUCCAAGACAAAGAACAAGAACAAGAGCUUGAGAAAGAAAGGGAACGAUUAAAAGAAGAGGAGAGGGAACGAAACAGAGAAACAAAGAAAGAGAGAGAGCGAGAGAAAAUCAGGCACACUGAACAAGAACAAAAAGCAUCUGCAUCUGCUCCUUCAACCAAAGCAGCCUCACUCAAAGAGCAAGAACCUCAACACAAGUCAGCUCUAACCUCGGUUUUUCACUCCUUAAAGGACAUAUUCUUUGGUAAAAGCAAGAAGUCCACAGAGUCAUCUGAGUCUACGAGAAGAAGCAGCGUGGAUAAAGAAAUUCAACAUGGGAAACACCUUAUUUCUUCAAAAACACCUUCUCAAGAGUCUUUAGUUCACAGUUUGGCUUUCAAACAAGAGGCAUCAAAAUUAAUUGAAGAAUCCUCUCAAAUAGUGAACUUGGAAGUAAAAUCAAAUAGUUUAGCCUCAAAACAAAAGUCACCAAGUUUGGUUGAAGAAUCCUCCCAAACAGCAGAUCUGGAAGUAAAAACUGGUUCUUUACCACAAAUACAAGAGUCAGCCAUCUCCAAUGAUAUUAUAAACUCCAAAUCACCUGAGCGUAUUUCUGAAUUACCAUCAAACAAACCUGAGGUGAAGUCUUCCAGUCCUGAAAGACAUCCUGAAAACAUUGGGGCAACACCUAGACUUUCUGUAGAGCAGAAGAAAAUGCCUAAGGAGUACAUCAGUUCAGAGGAAGUUGUGCAGAUUUUACAUUCGCCGCUUUUCAAGUCUACAGAAGACCAGGCUAAACCCAACAGAAUUGAUGUUCCUGCCUCUGUGGACUUGGCCAAUCCUCCUUGUAGGACUGAAUUGCAAGAAUUUACCUAUCCUGUGCAUGAGGUCAUGCAAGGUGCUGAGGAAAUGAAUAUUGAAGAGGAGCAGGGAGGCCCAGCUGCCCCUCUGACAGACCUCAUCAUGGCAGACCUGGAAAGCAUGCAGUGUUGUGAGAGCCAGCCAGAGUCUCAGCUUUCACAGACUGCCGACACUGUCCCUACCCAAGUGCACAUUGAGUCCCAGUCAGUGGAGUUGAGGGAAGAAGAGAGCAAAGAGCUGUGUGCGUCAAAUGAAAAAGUAAUUCCUCACAUGGAGGAAAGUGUUAUAAAAAUGCUGGAGGGAGGUUUCCUGAAAGAGAAAAAAAGAGAUCAAGAUGGUGCAAUAGAGGGGAAAUCUUUUGCUGUAGGCAAAAAUGAGACGGAAAGUGACUUUAUCUUAAAACAGUCCAUCAUUCCGGAAAUUGUAGUGAGUCAAAGAGAAUGUGGAAUUAAUAAUCAAAAUUCAUUGUCAGCACUGGGUCUAAGUCAAGAAGUGGAAUCUGUCACUCUUGUGUCUGACAGUGCAAUGGAAAUUGAUUUUAAACCAGAUGAAAAAUCUAUACCAGCACUAACUUUUAGUUUAACAGAGAAUAAAAAUGUUUCUGGCUCUACUACAGUGGAUGAUAUCAAUAUGGAGGAAAACUUGAACGGUAAAAGCAUUUCAUAUCAGGGUUCAAGUACUGAAGAAAAGGGAAAAUAUAAUGUUGAGAAAAGCAAUGAAAAAGAGAAUGAGAAAAAGAACACUGUUAUUGAUGAAAACCUGAAGGACGACUUCAGUCAACCAAAGAAAAAUGAUGUUAAGAAAACUAAGAAUCUCGUUCAAGAGACAGAAGCAUCUACUAUAAUCCCAGAGAAAGAAAUCCCCAAAAGUCAAAAACGAAGUGAUUCUGAGGUUACUGACGCUCUGCUGAAGCCAUACAAAGUAGAAACACCAAAACUCCAGAAGAAAAUACAAGCCGAAAGACGUUUGACAGAGAAGGACCAAUCAGCAGCACAACCGAUCAUAAUACUUCCUGAUACGAGAGAAACUGUUAUCAAGAAUGUGGCAAAGAAAAGAUCCACACCACUUAUUCCGGAAAUCAAGGUCACAUUACCAGAAAGAGUCAAACGUGAAGAACCUGUUAUUGCACCCCGAUCUGAAAUUCUGAAAUUAGAGCCUGAAAGAGUUAUGCAACCUUUAACGCAAGAGGUUGCGCAGAUAUUCAGAGAAAGGGAAAGACCGAUUGAUGAUGCAACAAGAACAUCAGGAGAAUCUACCUCCAACAGUACCUUAAUUUUUCCAGAUCAUUUGGCGGUUAUGAGAAACAUUCAGUCCUCACCUUCCGGGGACAGAGUACAGGACGUUAAACCACAAAGUCUAGAAGCAAGAGUGAGAGGUGGUGAAGAACAAGGAAGUCUCACCACUGGAAUGAUGAGAGACGAAGACAAUAAUAUCCCUACAAUCAGCAUAGCAUGUGCUGAUGAUAACACUCUUGAACAAGACCAAACUUACAGCCAGUCUUUACUUCCUGGCAUAGUAAUCUCACAAGAUAUCACUCAAGGUACUCCCCCCAUUUUUACAAUAAAUGUUGAAAGGAGUGCCGAUAACAAAAAAGAUGACUUUGACACUGUAGUUCCUAUGCUGAAGAGUGAAAGUGAUCAAUAUCGCCCAGUUGCUUCUUCUGAGAAGCCAAAGGAGCAGCUCAUGUCCCAUUUGAGUAUUACAAACCAAGACCCUGACAGAGUUCCUCAACCAAAAGACACAAGAGUAGACCCUGAAACUGAUAGGCUUCAAAAGGACAAGCCUUCCAUAGAGAAAAUUAGCUUAACAGCACCUGUUGGACCUACACUUCCUCCUCUAAGUCCUGCCAGUUUGCGAAGGCUUAUGGCAAAGAAUAACCCAAACUUAGAGAAUCAGGGCUCUAUCUCAGCUGCGUCAGUGGAUGGAAGUGAGAAAAAAGGAGAAGAGAGUGGAGGAAGCACACCCACAUCUACGCUAUCUUGUGAAAGUAGCCCCAAGAUGAAACGACGGGACAGUCUUACCCUAAUACCAUCUGCCACUCCUGAGGAGCUGGCUUCAGGCGCUCGUCGCAAAAUCUACCUUGCCAAAACUAAGUCUGAAGAUGAGGGAUCUGACACACAGGGUAAAAGGGAUAGUCCGUAUAUGUCACCCAGUCAGGCACGAAGGGCGGCUUUCCUGCAACUUCAAAGUGGGCAACAAACACCUCCCACAGAAAGACGUUCACCACUGAUGGCCCGCCGCAAGGCCACACUGGAAAUACCAAAACCCAAAGAAGAGAUGGCAGAGGUGGCAGACAACACCAAGAUAGAAAGCAAACCUGCAGAAAAGGAGAAGUUAGACCCCUUCAAAGCUCCUCAGGUUAUCCGUAAGAUUAGGGGAGAGCCCUUCUCAGAUGCCUCAGGCCACUUGAAGCUGUGGUGCCAGUUUUUCAACAUUCUUAGUGACUCCACUAUCAAGUGGUACAGAGAUGAAGAGGAAAUCGUGGAGCUGGAAAGACGUGCGGGAGACGAGGGUCCAGUAGCACUGGCCAUAGUCCAGGCUUCCAGCAGAGACUGUGGAGUGUAUGGCUGCUCAAUCAAAAAUGAAUAUGGGACUGACAUCACCGAUUACUUACUCAGCACAGACAUACUGGCAGAAUUUUUCUUGAGGGAGGAUUUAGAAGUUGGAGAAGAGAUUGAGAUGACACCAAUGAUGUUCACCAAAGGCCUGGCAGACUCGGGUUACUGGGGAGAGAAAUUCUUUGGUCGUAUCAUGACAGAAGAGGUACAGAUCGGAGAAGGAUGUGUACACAAGACCUGCAGAGCAAAGGUCAUCUACGGUUUGGACCCCAUCUUUGAGUCGGGCAGUACAUGCAUCACUAAAGUCAAAAAUCCCAUAGCAUACGGAGCCAAAGAGGAGAGCAACCUGACUGAGAGAAAUCUAGAGAUCACCAAACAGAAUUGUAAAAUCCAGAAUACCAUUCGGGAGUACUGCAAAAUAUUUGCAGCUGAGGCCAGAGUGAUCGAGAACUUUGGAUUCUCAUUGGAGGUGAUUCCACUUCAUCUGAUGUACCGGCCUGCCAAUACAAUUCCAUAUGCAUCAGUUGAGAGCGACCUGAAGGGUGUGUACGUGAAAUACUGUCUGAUGGACAAUGCUGGAAGACUGAUCGCCAGAACAGCCUCUGAGGUGGAGCAGAAGUGUUGCACUUUCCAACACUGGAUCCAUCAGUGGACCAAUGGAAACCUGCUGGUUACCCGGUUAGAAGGUGUCGAUACAAAGAUCACAAGCAUUGAAAUCGCCACUAAAUCUAAAGGGUAUCAAGGCCUCGCUGAUAAAGGAUCUCCCAAAACCAUUGAUCAGUUCAUUGCUCAACAUCAGUGCAACUACUACUGUGGACUGCUGGGCCUCAGACCCUUAAAGCCGAUGGAUUCCAUCCAGCAGCCUAAAAUCAAAACCUCCAAGAGCCCUCUACUGGCCCGAAGAGGAGUUACAGGCUCAUCCAGCCCUCAGCUGCAGAAGAAAGGAACCAGCCCACAGUCCACCAGAAAAGGCACGUCAAGCCCCAAAGUGGCUAAAAAGACUGGUGAAACUGGGGAGAACAAUUCCUCUAGCAAGCAUAAAACAGUGGAGGUCCCAAAAACUGUCAGGAUGAGGUAGAGAGAAACAAAAUGCAAAAAAACAAGGACAUACUUUUGUUGAUGUUCUAACCAAACUUAGUUUGGAGUCUGUAUAAUUAUCGAGAGCUACUGUAAAUGGACUGCAAAUGGAUUCUGUCCAUUGUCUUUGCACAAAAUGAGACAACAAAUGAAGAAUUAUUAUAGAAAUGAGUCACAACAAAUGUACAAAAGCUGUCACUGGGCAGGUGCCUUCUCAAAAGGCGCACUUUUGUUCUUUUUAGGAGGUAUUAAUAUGUACACUAAUUUGUACUUCUAGGUUACCAAUAUGCAGCCUAUAGGUACAAUCGUGCAGCAUUUGAAAGUGAAGGCUUUUGUGCUUCUGUAAGUGUGUAAACAGCAGUGUUGGGGCAGGUACUUUUAUGGCAAUAUUGUGUCAAAUAAUAUUGUGUUACUUUUGAGUAAAGUAAUGUUACUUUUUCAUCUGGGUUAGAUUUGCCUGUUUAUAAUAUAAAAACACUGAUACGUGUAGGUGAAAUGUGAAUAAACCUCAGGCUGAUGAAAAUGUAAAUUUGCAUCUGUACAGUUUAAGCCUAGCUCAAACAAGCCUUUCAGUUGUGCUGUCUUUGUGGAUGCACAUUCAUUCAGAGUUUGCCUUUCAUAGUUUCUAAUUGAUUUAAGGGAUACUGAAUCUGUUUUCGUAUAAGUCAGAUGAAUAAACACACGUUCACAUUUAAGCUAGAACAAGCUACAGUAAGCGUCAAGUUUACACAUCGCACACAACACAUCUCUUGAUUUCUGUCAACAGGUGAGAGUAGUCAGUCAUGAAAUGAGAAACAAAGUAACUGGGAUUACUUUUUGGAGAAAGUAACUGAUAUUUUCUUGAAAAUGAGAAGGUAAUGUUUUAUUUUAGUUACUUGAAAAAGUAUUUGAUUACGUAACUCGUGUUACUUGUAUUGUUUUACCCCAACACUGGUAAAGAAGUGUAUGACCAGAGGUGUUCACACAAUUUUAUUAUUAAUGUGAACUGCUUUGCAGCUUUAAGUCACAAUUAAUACCUCCUGAGAACACUUUUUUUGUUAAGAACUGAACACAUGCUAGAUGCCCUUUUAAGACUAAAACUGGAGAAAAAUAUAAAAGCAGGACUGCCUGUCGAAUAAUGUUUUCAGAUAGACUCUGGAACUUUGUUAUGGUUUAUUCAAAUGUUCCUCUGUCAAGUGUCUGUGGAGGAGAAACCAUAAGAGAGGGACUCUCUUUUAAGGAUUUGUCAAACAUCUGUGAUGUAUCUGUCGCAGCUGUGUAGAAAUGCAGCCUUUUUUGUAGCUUCACUGAGAUGCUUUUUAUAGUAGAUUGUUCUGCUCAUAAAGGUACGGCCAUAAAUCUGCAUCACCAGCACUCCAAUCUUGGUUGUAGAGCAAACAUUGGGCAUCAUAAUGGAUGCGUAUUUGUUUUUAUCUUACAUGCGUCAUCCAGAAGAGGGAAAUUCAUUAGCUUUAUUGUCGCAGUAAAGAUAUUUACUGCUGGUCUUUCAGACGUUUGUGCGUCAUCACUCUCUAGAACCCUUCAGUUUCACAUCAGUGCAUUAUAUGUAUUUUAAAUAAUAAUAAAAAGUUAAAACUCUAAGUUUGCUGUAA